AUGGCUACCUCACACAACAAGACGGUCGACUUUUUUGGCCUCAACUGCCCAGAUUCUUCUUCAAAAUUGUAUAUAUGCGAAGGGGCCACGAACGAGUUCAUAGGAUGUUGCACAUCCGAUCCCUGCAAAGGUGGUAGCGGCAUCUGUCCUAAAGAUGACCUGCGGUCACUUAGCUUCAAUCCCGACAGAUACGACGACUUGAAACCACAAAGUUGCGAUGAUAGUCGACAGGCCAAGAUCUGGUGGAGUUGUAUUGGGCCGGAUCCACCGUUCGUGGGCUGUUGCGAGACAAAUGCUUGCGGCGAUGGCUGCCCAACGGAUCAACUCGUGGCCGCUGUCUUGACGAAGAGAGAAGGCCUCCGAAGAUCAUUCUUAGACCCCGAGGGUGCCGCUUCGAGUUCAACAGCAGAUACAGCUUCAAGUACCACAUCGAGUGAGGCUUCAGACUCAGCAACCAGUGCGGUAUCAAGCUCUUCGGCGAGUGAUGGUGAUGGUGGCUUGGGCACUGGCGCUAUAGCAGGCAUCGCUGUAGGAUCUGCUGCUUUGGCCAUCACACUGAUAGCCGCCUUAGCUUUCUUAUGUUGUAGAAGGCGACGGAGGCAAAGAGAGACUCAUGGCAUGGUAGCACCUGACCAGUCACAUAGAGUCUCCGUCGCAACUCAGCCGACGCCUAUGGGCCACAAUGAUCAUCACUUCCAGUCAGCAAGUACUGUCGUCCCUUACUAUCCUAGCGGUGUGUCGUCGGAUUACUACAAUAAACCUUCCCCCACAAUACCAUCUCCUCGAAGCGACAACUUUCACAUGAACCCGGCCAUUGAUCAGAACUAUGGCUAUCCCCGACCUAUGGGGAUCUUGCCCGAGAUGGAUGGGAAUGACAGAGAUGCUCACGAGCUCGGGGCAGACCCUGUCGGCAACAGGCGACAUGGGGAUUAA